GUCACGACUCAUGUAAUUCCUUCAGUGCCCUUUCAGCAGCACGAUCACACUUGAAGACUAAAUUGGAAAGCGCACUGAAACCUGCUCCAGUCCGUUACAGCUUGCACCUAAAGAGCUCUGUGAGAAUCAUCAUGGACGAGGACUUCGAUUUCGAGCGUCGCAGAGAGAUACGGAGACAGAAGCGAGAAGAAAUGCAGCGGGAGGCAGAGAAGAUGAACUCUCAUGAUGAUGAUGAGGAAGUGGCCCGGGAGCGUCGGAGACGAGCCCGUCAGGAACGCCUGCGCAAUAUGGAGAAUGAGGAGUUGAGUAACACAGCAACAGAAACAAACAGUACAGAGACGUCCUCAUUGAUCUCUAGUUCUGCUCCAGCUGAGGAUGAUGAUCAGGCUCUCUUAGAGAAGAUCGCCAAGAGAGAGGAGCGGAGACAGAAAAGGAUGAAGGAAGCUUUGGAGAGACAGAAGGAACUUGAUCCCACCAUCACGGAUGAAACUGUCACCACCGCCACAGAGGACGAGCCAAGUCGUAGAAACGACAAACUAGAGUCCUCCCAAAAUGACAUUUCCUCAAUGAAAACCAAUUCCUGGAAAGAAAAUGAAGAGAUAAAAGAGGAGGAAAAGGAAGAAAUAAAAGAGGAGGAAAAGAUAGAGGAAAGCAACGUGGAGGUUGAGGAGACAAUCGCAGCAAAGGAGGAUCCAAUGUCAUUUACAGCAGCAGACGAACCUAAAGAAUCUUCUGAGAAGAUAGACAAACCAGAAGAGGAAGACAGACCACAGAGGUCCUACCUCAGAGAACAGGAAUCCAUGGAGGAGAAACCCAAAGAACCAGCGGUGCCAAAUGAGUUUGUGGAGGAAAAGCCAAAACCUUCCUUUUUGCGUGACAAACUAAAAGUGUCAACAAAGCCACAAGAUGCAGCUGAAAGCACCGCCAAAGCCAAGAAACCAGAGAAGACACUAAGUCCAACCAGCUUGCGUUCUCCUGAAACAGAGAAGCAGGAUCCCAUCGCCAAGCUGGAAGCAGAACGCAAGCUGCAGGAGCUGAAGCGCCGGCGGAACGAGACGGAAAGCGAGGUGCUGGAGAAGAUGAAGCAGAAGCAGCAAGUGGCCGAGGCGGAACUGGAAGAGCUGAAGAAGAAGAGGGAGGAGAGGAAGAAGAUUCUGGAGGAGGAGGAGAAGCAGAAGAAACAGCAGCUGGCAGAAAAGAAAGCCAAAGAGGAGGAAGAGAGGAGGAAGAUGAAGGAAGAGAUUGAGCGAAGGCGAGCAGAGGCAGCCGAGAAAAAAAAACAGAAGGAGGAGUCGAAAGAAGGGAGCAAAGCACCCUUCAUCGCUCCAAAGAGCGCCUCUGCAAAAAUUGGUGAGAAAGCUGAAUUUCUUAACAAAUCUGCUUUAAAAAGUCCGGUGAAAACUUCACACACUCCAUUAGUUUGCAAGAUUGGAAACAGACUGGAGCAGUACACUUCUGCUGUUCAGACCAAAGAGUUGUCCAGAUCACCCAAAUCUCCUGUGGACGUACCUGUGGCUGAAGGGCUGCGGAGCAUCAAGAGUAUGUGGGAGAAGGGGAAUGUGGUCAAUCCCACCCCGAGUCCUGCAAGCCCCCCAGCGGUCACCAAGGAAACAGCUGGUCUGAACAUCGGCGUGGCUGGGCGCAUUAACAGCUGGAAAACCAAGACUCCAGAGCCGAAGCCCACUGAACCGAAACCAGCCCCUGAACCAGAAAAACCACCUGCCAAAACAGACCAGAAGCCAGCUGAUGUCACUAAACCACGUGUCCCAAAGGGCUCCACACCUGCCAAGGUGUUCGCAGCCAAAAGUAAAUUCGUCACAAAUGGAACAAGAAAAUAAGGACAUCCGAACAACCCCCAGAUCAGCCAAAAUGGAAGACGCUUCCAUAAUAUGUGGAUAAUUUUGCAACUUCAAAACACAGAUUUUACAACAAGUGGCAACCAAACACAGUACAAAAUAUAAAUCAUACAAAAAUUUCUUUAAAAUCGAACUUUUAAAUUGAUUACAGUUACCAUAAAUCACACAGGCCCAAUAACACAUAUUAAAGUAUUAGUAUUACUAUCAAACAUUAACAAGUGACAGGUGCAUUUACGCUAAAACACUGUAGAGUUUGAUUGGACGCAAGUGUUUAAGUGGAAAGUGUUUUCAACUCCCUUUUAAACAUUGAUAAGCCUAUUUAUUUUGCUAUACUAAUGCAUGCUUAUAUGGUUAUUUUUUCCUGCUGUUCACAAUGCUAUAAGAUGAAAACAAAUUUAACAAAAAUCUCAUUUGCGCAUAUGAACUAUAUAAACAUUUAACUAUAUAAACAGCUAAGUAACCAUUAGAACUAAUAGAUGCGGUCACAUUAGCGACAAUUUUGUGAGAAAAUAGUCUAUUUUUAAUAGUGUAGCAACGUAUGGAGCACCGCUCAAACAAAAGUCACUUUUAAGCUGCUUUCUGUGUGUUGGACAACACGGCAAAUUCGAAACGGAACCUGUUGCGAAAUCGCCGUGG